GAGAACGUUGUAAAUGUAUGAGUGGCCUUGCUGGCUUGGCUUAAAGCCUUUGUGGCUCAAAAUGCAUCUCCAAGAGUGCUUGAUACCAUCUAGUCCACAGAAGACUAUAAAGUCAAGACAUGCAUGGAGUAAUCUUCCCUGGAAAACUAUCCCAAGUCUGAGCGGUCCGUGGUUUAAAAGCCUUCUGAGCUGCAAAUGAAAACAUAGAAUUGCUUUCUGAAGCCAUCUAAAUUCUUGGCAGCGCCUGCGUCCUUUGGCAAGGAGUUCUGCAGCUUAACUAUAUUUUGUGUGAAGAACUGUUGUCUUAAGUAUUUUUCGAACCUGCUAUCAGCUGAUUUUGUUUGACAGCCCAGGUCUUUGAAAUGGAGGAUAAGGUGAUCAGCCCAGAAAAAGUUGAAGAAGCAAAAUUGAAAGCAAGAUACCCUCAUCUGGGCCAGAAGCCAGGAGGCUCAGACUUCUUGAGGAAGAGGCUUCAAAAAGGACAAAAAUACUUUGAUUCUGGUGAUUACAACAUGGCUAAAGCAAAGAUGAAGAAUAAGCAACUGCCGACUGCAGCUCCUGACAAGACAGAAGUCACUGGUGACCAUAUUCCUACUCCACAGGAUCUGCCACAGCGGAAACCAUCUCUUGUUGCUAGCAAGCUUGCUGGCUGACGAGAACAGCUGAACUGCAUGAUUAUUCUCAUUCCUGUUAUUUCUCCUUAAUAGUUUUUUCUCACCCUCACAUCCCCCUUUUUCUUUCUUACACUAAGUCAUGAGACUGACAGCUUUGCAGGUAGCGAUAGCAUGUGCUGCUAUUGUAAGGGAGUACUGUUAAGAGUAAAACGUGUAGUAUUUGAACUAGUUGAGAACAAUGCACUGAUUAAAAAGGACAAGUUUGGUUAGAGCAAUGUAAUCUACUUGAAAAUGUACAUAUUGCCCAUUUCCUAGUGUAGGACUGGUUCCAGCAAGUGGCAUUGCAAGUUUUACAACUUCUAAUGUUUCUGCUUUUGUUAUUUCAUCUUAAUUACAGCAUAUUUGUAUUUAAUAUAACCUCCAGUUGUGUUGGGUUUUUCUUCUGUGUUUGGGUUUGUUGUCUAAAAUAGAGGUUUAGACCACAAGUUGCUAGAUGGUAAAGCAUGUAUAAAAACAAAGACAGGGCUCUGAUUGAAUUUUGUUUCUGCUUUUGAACUUGAACGGCCUUAAACCUGUUUCAGCUUUAACAAUAGAGUUUUUACUUGGGCAAUAUUUGCCCAUUCUUGUGUAACUCUUGUGAAUCUAGUGCUUAUUGACAACUGCCUGUUGAAGCUGGUAUUCUUUUCAGUUCCGUAGCUUAGGACACACUUUUGUUGAAGAUGUGAAUGAAGUGUGCAUGUGCAUAGACUGUUGAAUUCACUCUUGUGCCAUUUUUGUAAAUACAGUAGUUUUGCACAACCUUUUGCAGACGUCUAUUAGUUUUACAUUUUAAAAAGCAGAUAAUGUGCCAAUCAAAGCACAAGUGAUUCUGUAUCUUUCAAAGUCUUGUCCUGAAGCUAAGAGCCCGCAAUCUUGCUACUGAAAGUAAAAAUUGUAUACCUGAAAUUUGUGAAACACUUAUAUAUACACUUGACUCAGCCUUAUGCUUUUGCAGUUGUAUAUUUUGUUUCGCAACAAUGUCCAGCACUCAAAUACAAAUCUGGAAUUUGUACCUAUAUUGGGAGGCAAGUGCCCUUUCUGUUCAGCAGCUCUUGUAAAGCUGAAAUGCUCUGUCUGAUGACAUGGGAGAUGGCUAAAUGUACUGGAGAGUUUCCCGUGUGGCAAACUCCAAAUCUAGGCUUGCUAAGGUUUGAUACGCAAUUGUCUUUGGGCUAUUUUAGACUUCUGGAAGUGGAGGUUUUUGGGUUUCUUUUUUUUUUCUUGGACUCCUGAAAUGGUAGUAAACUAACUCCUUUUCUCUUUGUUACACAGCAAGCCCUCUUUGGCUUUGGGGAAACAAAGAACUG